GCGUGCCCAGCGCCCAAUUCAGAGCCCGGCAAACAGCAGGAGCGCAGCCAACGUUUGCUGAAUGACUAAUGAACGGAACGCGCGGCCCCGGCCACUGCGGGGACACUGACCAAGCAGGCAGCCGACUGAGGCCGAAGGGCGGCGCCCCCCUCCGUCCCUUCGAGGUCUCCGUCCUCUAGGGGACCCCUCAUACCCCGGGCCCACUUCCCAACACCGGACCGCCUCUCCAGCUCCCGCGCACGCUUCCCGGCCCGUCCCUCCCACCCCCACCCCCGGCGGCCGAGGGGCGGGGCGCAGACUGAUUGAGGCGGCCGCGGCUCCAUGGGGCUCCUGGGGCUGCUGAGCCUGCUGCACUCGGCCUUCUUCGGGGACCAGGCGCUGCAGGAGCUGAAGAUGACGAGCUCCGUGGCGCCCUACGAACAGCUGGUGCGGCAGGUGGAGGCCUUGAAGGCCGAGAACAGUCACCUGAGGCAGGAGCUUCGGGAUAACUCAAGCCACUUGUCCAAGCUGGAGACAGAAACGUCGGGCAUGAAGGAGGUCCUGAAGCACUUGCAGGGCAAGCUGGAGCAGGAGGCCCGCGUGCUGGUGUCCUCAGGGCAGACCGAGGUGCUGGAGCAGCUGAAAGCCCUGCAGAUGGACAUCACCAGCCUGUACAGCCUCAAGUUCCAACCCCCGGCUCUGGCCCCCGAGCCCACUGCCCGGACCCCCGAGGGAAGCCCGGUGCACAGCUCCGGGCCCUCCAAGGACAGCUUUGGGGAGCUGAGCCGGGCCACCAUCCAGCUGCUGGAGGAACUGGACCGGGAACGGUGUUUCCUGUUGAAUGAGAUUGAGAAGGAGGAGAAGGAGAAGCUCUGGUAUUACUCGCAGCUGCAGGGCCUAUCCAAGCGCCUGGACGAACUCCCUCACGUGGAGACGCAGUUCUCGAUGCAGAUGGAUCUGAUCCGGCAGCAGCUGGAGUUCGAAGCGCAGCACAUCCGCUCGCUGAUGGAGGAGCGCUUUGGCACCUCGGACGAGAUGGUGCAGCGGGCGCAGAUCCGUGCUUCCCGCCUGGAGCAGAUCGACAAGGAGUUGCUGUCGGCGCAGGACCGGGUGCAACAGACCGAGCCCCAGGCCUUGCUGGCAGUGAAGUCGAUGCCGAUGGAUGAGGACCCCGAGGCUGAGGUCCCCACGCACCCUGAGGAUGGUGCCCCUCAGCCGGGCAACAGCAAGGUGGAGGUGGUCUUCUGGCUGCUGUCCAUGCUGGCGACGCGUGACCAGGAGGACACGGCACGGACGCUGCUCGCCAUGUCCAGCUCACCUGAGAGCUGCGUGGCCAUGCGCCGCUCGGGCUGCCUGCCGCUGCUGCUGCAGAUCCUGCACGGCACCGAGGCCGGGGCUGGGGGUCGCAACGGGACCCCAGGGGCGCCGGGAGCCAAGGAUGCGCGCAUGCGCGCCAAUGCAGCGCUGCACAACAUCGUCUUCUCCCAGCCGGACCAGGGUCUGGCGCGCAGGGAAAUGCGCGUCCUGCACGUGCUCGAGCAGAUCCGUGCCUACUGUGAGACCUGCUGGGACUGGCUGCAGGCCCGGGACGGCGGGCCCGAGGGCGGCGGCGCCGGCGGCGCCCCGGUCCCCAUCGAGCCACAGAUCUGCCAGGCCACCUGCGCCGUGAUGAAGCUGUCCUUCGACGAGGAAUACCGCCGCGCCAUGAACGAGCUGGGUGGGCUGCAGGCUGUGGCGGAGUUACUGCAGGUCGACUAUGAGAUGCACAAGAUGACCCGGGACCCUCUCAACCUGGCCCUGCGCCGAUACGCCGGCAUGACCCUCACCAACCUAACCUUCGGGGACGUCGCCAACAAGGCCGCACUGUGCGCCCGCCGGGGCUGCAUGGAGGCCAUCGUGGCGCAGCUGGCGUCCGAGAGUGAGGAGCUGCACCAGGUGGUGUCCAGCAUCCUGCGCAACCUGUCCUGGAGGGCGGACAUCAGCAGCAAGAAGGUGCUGAGGGAGGUGGGCAGCAUGACGGCCCUGAUGCAGUGCGUCCUGCGAGCCUCCAAGGAGUCCACCCUGAAGAGCGUGCUCAGCGCCCUGUGGAACCUCUCGGCGCACAGCACGGAGAACAAGGCCGCCAUCUGCCAGGUGGACGGCGCCCUGGGCUUCCUGGUCAGCACACUGACCUACAAGUGCCAGAGCAACUCGCUGGCCAUCAUCGAGAGCGGCGGCGGCAUCCUGCGCAACGUGUCCAGCCUCAUCGCCACCCGCGAGGACUACAGGCAGGUGCUGCGGGACCACAACUGCCUGCAGACGCUGCUGCAGCACCUGACGUCGCACAGCCUGACCAUCGUGAGCAACGCAUGCGGCACGCUCUGGAACCUGUCGGCCCGCAGCGCCGGCGACCAGGAGCUGCUGUGGGACCUGGGCGCCGUGGGCAUGCUGCGCAACCUGGUGCACUCCAAGCACAAGAUGAUCGCCAUGGGCAGCGCCGCCGCCCUGCGCAACCUGCUGGCCCACCGGCCCGCCAAGUACCAGGCGGCGGCCACCGCCGUCUCCCCCGGCGCCUGUGCGCCCAGCCUGUACGUGCGCAAGCAGCGGGCGCUGGAGGCUGCGCUGGACGCGCGGCACCUGGCGCAGGCGCUCGACCACCUGGAGAAGCAGGGCCUGCCCGAGGCCGAGGCCGCCUCCAAGAAGCCGUUGCCGCCCCUGCGCCACCUGGACGGCCUGGCCCAGGACUACGCUUCUGACUCGGGCUGCUUCGAUGAUGACGACGCACCCUCCCUGGCCACCGCUGCUGCCGCCACCGCCGAGCCUGCCAGCCCCGCCGUGCUGCCCCUCUUCCUGGGCAGCCCCUUCCUGCAGGGCCAGGCGCUGGCCCGCGCCCCGCCCGCCCGCCGGGGCGGCCUGGAGUCCGAGAAGGAGGCCGGCGGGGAGGCAGCUGUGGCAGCCAGGGCCAAGGCCAAGCUGGCACUGGCAGUGGCGCGCAUCGACCGGCUGGUGGAGGACAUCUCGGCCCUGCACACCUCGUCCGACGACAGCUUCAGCCUCAGCUCUGGGGACCCCGGGCAGGAGGCCCCGCGGGAGGGCCGCGCGCACUCCUGCUCCCCUUGCCGGGGGCCCGAGGUGGGGCGGCGAGAGGCCGGCGGCCGGGCUCACCCGCUGCUGCGGCUCAAGGCGGCCCACGCCAGCCUCUCCAACGACAGUCUUAACAGCGGCAGCACCAGCGACGGGCACUGUCCCCGCGAGCACUCGCGGCCCUACCCGCUGGCCGCGCUGGCCGAGCAUUGCGAGGGACCCCUGUGCGGCCAGGCGCGGCCCAGCCGGCUUGACCUCAACCUGCCCAGCGGCCAGGUUGAGCCCAAGGCCCGGGACGCCGCGGCCACAGAUGCCCGCGUGUGCACCAUCAAGCUGUCGCCCACCUACCAGCACGUGCCGCUGCUUGAGGGCACCGCCAGGGCGGGCGCGGGGUCCCUGGCCCCCAGGGCCCGGAAACAGGCCUGGCUGCCCGCAGAGGACCUGAACAAGGUGCCCGAGAAGCUGGCGGCGGAGAAGGCACCCCUCUGCCUGUCGCGCUGCAGCUCCCUGUCCUCACUGUCCUCGGCCGGCCGCCCAGGGCCCAGUGAGGCCGGGGACCUGGACGACAGCGACUCGUCCCUGGAGGGGCUGGAGGAGGCCGGCCCCAGUGAGGCCGGGCUGGACGGGGCCUGGCAGGGGCCGGGGGCCGCCUCCCUGCCCAUGGCCAUCCCGGUGCCUCAGCGGGGCCGGGGCCUGGGGGUGGAGGACGCCACGCCGUCCAGCUCGUCCGAGAACUGCGUGCAGGAGACGCCACUGGUGCUGAGCCGCUGCAGCUCGGUCAGCUCGCUGGGCAGCUUCGAGAGCCCAUCCAUCGCCAGCUCCGUCGCCAGCGACCCGUGCAGCGGGCUGGGCAGCGGCACAGUCAGCCCCAGCGAGCUUCCUGACAGCCCCGGGCAGACCAUGCCACCGAGCCGCAGCAAGACGCCCCCGCCAGCCCCCGCGCCGCCGGGCGAGCGUGAGGCCACCCAGUUCAGCCUGCAGUGGGAGAGCUACGUGAAGCGCUUCCUGGACAUCGCCGACUGCCGGGAGCGCUGCCGGCUGCCGUCCGAGCUGGACGCGGGCAGCGUGCGCUUCACUGUGGAGAAGCCCGACGAGAACUUCUCAUGUGCUUCCAGCCUGAGUGCGCUGGCUCUGCACGAGCUCUACGUGCAGAAGGACGUGGAGCUGCGGCUGCUGCCCCCGGCCUGCCCCGAGCGCAGCAGUGGGGGAGGCGUGGGCCCCGGGCACCGCCGGCGGGACGAGGCCGGCGGCCGCCUCGAAGGGCCAACAUCCACCGACCGGGACCUGGAGCUGCUGCGCGAGUGCUUGGGUGGGGCCGUGCCCGCCCGGCUCCGCAAGGUGGCCUCGGCACUGGUGCCUGGCCGCCGCACCCUGCCUGUGCCCGUCUACAUGCUGGUGCCUGCCCCAGCCCGGGAGGAUGAGUCCUGCACCGACUCGGCCGAGGGUACGCCAGUCACCUUCUCCAGCGCCACCUCCCUCAGCGAGGAAACACUGCAGGGACCCCCCGGGGACGGCGGGCCUGCGCAGGGGCAGAAGGCUGCAGGCCGUGCCGCCCCCACCAGGCAGCCCGCCGGGCACCGGCACAGGGCGGGGGGCAUGGGCCGGAGCACAGAGCAGCCCCGGGGGGCUGGCAGGAGCCACGCAGGGCUCGAGCUGCCCCUCUGCCGGCCCCCGAGCGCCUGCAGGGACAGGGACAGCUCCCGCCCGGGCCGGGCGCGUGGGGACGGGGCCCUGCAAUCUCUGUGCCUCACGACGCCCACCGAGGAGGCUGUGUACUGCUUCUACGGCAAUGACUCAGACGAGGAGCCGUCCGCGGCAGCGGCGGUGGCACCCCCGCGGCGGGCAUCUGCGAUCCCCCGCGCGGUGAAGAGGGAAUCCCUGGCUGGUGGCAGGAAGGAGGUGCAGGCCGUGCCCAAGGUCGCGCCGCCCAAGGUUGCUGCGCCCAAGGUCGCGCCACCCGCCAGGGGCCAGCCCAGCCUCAUUGCCGAUGAGACGCCACCAUGCUACUCCCUGAGCUCCUCCGCCAGCUCCCUGAGCGAGCCUGAACCCUUUGACCGCACGGCCAGCCGGCCCCGAGCCCGCGAGCCAGGGGUCACCAAGGACCCAGGCCCCGGGGGCAGGCGGGACGGCGCCCCCCGCCCGCGGGCCGAGGCAGAGCUGCUCCGGCGCUGCACUGGCUCAGCCGUGCCCAGACGCCGGCCCCAGGUGUCUGGCCCAGGGUGCCGCCAGUCCCGAGCGGCGCAGCAGGAGAAGAGGCCAGCAGAGGGGCCCCGGGAGCACAGUGAGGAGGCGGCGGGCUCGGACCACGCCUCAGACCUGGACAGCGUCGAGUGGCGCGCCAUCCAGGAGGGGGCCAACUCCAUCGUCACGUGGCUACACCAGGCAGCGGCGGCGGCCACCCGCGAGGCCUCCUCUGAGUCCGACUCCGUUCUGUCCUUUGCCUCAGGGCAGUCGGUGGGCUCCACCCUGCAGCCUCCCCUGCACAGGAAGGGGCGACGGCCAAGGGCAGAGGGCCAGGCGGGCAGUGCCAUGCGGCCAGAGAAACGGGACAGGGCUCUGGCCCAGCGCAGCGGCGACCUGGAGAAGCCACGUGGCACUCAGAAGGCCACGUCUGGGGUGCCAGCCGUGCUCCGGGGACGGACGGUGAUCUACAUGCCCAGCCCAGCGACCCGGGCCCAGCCCAAAGGUGCCCCUGGGCCCCGCAGUGUGCCGAGAAAGACGGGAGCCCCAAACCCAGUGCAGCCAGCAGCCCCCGCCAAAACCCCAGGCCCCGGGCAGCAGCGGUCUCGAAGCCUGCACCGACCUGGCAAGAUCUCAGAGCUGGCGGCGCUGAGCCCCCCUCAGAGGAGCGCCACGCCACCCGCCCGCCUGGCCAAGACCCCCUCGUCGAGCUCCUCCCAGACCUCCCCGGCCUCCCAGCCUCUGACGAGGAGGUCACCCCCGGCCGUCCAGGCUGCAGGACCCCUGCCUGGCCCCGGGGCCUCCCCCGCAACCAAGACUCCCGCCCGGGCCCUGCUGGCCAAGCAGCACAAGACACAGAAGUCGCCCGUGCGGAUCCCCUUCAUGCAGAGGCCCGCCAGGCGGGGGCCGCCACCCCUGGCCAGGGCAGCCCCGGAGCCAGGUCCAAGGGCCCGAGGGGGCCGCCCGGGGCUGCCUCGUGUGGCCUCCGCCCGCUCCAGCGGCAGCGAGGCCUCCGACCGCUCCGGUUUCCGGCGGCAGCUGACCUUCAUCAAGGAGUCGCCGGGCCUGCUGCGCCGGCGACGCUCCGAACUGUCCGCCGCCGAGGCCGCCACCCCGGCUGCCCAGGCCAGCCUGCCCCGCCGUGGCCGGCCCGCGCUACCCGCCGUCUUCCUAUGCUCCUCGCGCUGUGAUGAGCUGCGGGGGGCCCCCCGGCAGGCUCCGGCCCCCCAGCGGCCCCCCAUGGCCCGGCCCGGCCCGGGCGAGCGGCUGCCCCGGCGCACCAGCUCUGAGAGCCCGUCUCGCCUGCCGGUCCGCACGCCGGCCGCGCGGCCCGAGACGGUCAAGCGCUACGCCUCCCUGCCUCACAUCAGUGUGGCCCGCGGGCCCGACGCCCCCGCCCCUGGGCCUGUGGCGGACAACGCGCCCUGCAGCAGCACUGGGGAGGCCGCGCCGGGCACCACGUGGCGUCGCAUCCGGGACGAGGACGUCCCGCACAUCCUGCGGAGCACGCUGCCCCCCCGCGCCCUGCCCCUGCUGGGCUCCUCACCCGAGGACGGCCCCACAGGCCCUCCGCAGCGCAAGACCAGCGACGCCGUGGUCCAGACCGAGGACUUCGCGACUGCCAAGACCAACUCGAGCACGUCCCCGAGCCUGGAGAGCUGGGCGACCCCACAGGCCACGACCGGCGGCCCCCCCUCCCUCCUCCUCGGCAGCGACGUGGACGGGCCGGGCCCCGCCAAGGCGCCCGCCCCCGGCCCCUUCGUCCCCGCCAGCCGACACGGCUCCCCCAGCCGCUCCGCCCGCGUCCCCCCCUUCAACUACGUGCCCAGCCCCAUGGUGGCAGCCACCACUGACUCUGCCGUGGAGAAAGCCCCCGCCCCCGUCCCUACCGGCCUCCUGGGAUAGUGGCCGGGGCUGGCCUUCCAGAACGUCCUCUCCCGGCCCAGGGCCGUCUGGCUGCCCCGAGGGUGGUCCCAGCACCCGCCUGCCCACCCGGGCCCCCGCCCUCUGAGCCUCUGCCCUGCCCGUACGGGCCCCACACUCACUGCGUAGACGCUUGCUUCCGUGCCCAGGGGGCUCCGCAAGGAAAGUGAGCUGCAGGGUGGACCUUACGUCCCCGCCAGGGGGCGCCCACGGGGGCGCCGUCCCAGCCUAGCCCCCACGCGGAGACCGCUCUCCUGGCUGGGGCUGUCCUCGGCAGUGCCCUCCUGGGCUCCUGACCCCACCGGGCCCAGCAUCAGCACCACACCCCCUCCCCUCCCCUCCGGGGAGCCGCAGGGAGGUGACAGUGCCCGCCCGCCGACGUGGGGGACGGGAGCCUGCCAGCUGGGGGCAGCGGCAGGCAACCGUGGCAGAGCAGGCGCAGCAGGAAGCCUGUAAUUACGGGCAAGGCCGAGUAACUUGUUCACGAGGGCUUAGCCGGUUCGUCUGCCUGUUCAGCCUCAGCGUGGGGCACGGGGGAGGGGCGUGGCUGAGCCCCACAGAAAGGGGGCCCCACCGGAGACGGCGAGUGUAGGGAGCCUGGAGCACCCCGGGACUGGCCGGGGGUGGUCUGGACACAGCACCCCCGCAACCCUCGUAAGGAACACGGAGAGGCAGGCGUGCCGCGAGGGCUCUGGCCGAGGCGGGCGGGGCACCGAGGGGAGGCCGGGGCCCGGCUGACCGCCCCGCCGCCGGGCCUGGACUGCACUCUAAGAGAGGACGUCCCGGCAGGCGCCCGCCCGGCCCCCGGCCUUUCCCUUUUCGAUCUCAAUCUCCUUUGCGACGCGGGAAGCCCUGGAUCUGUGGGCUCCGUGCGGGCACGGCCUCCUCCCUGAGGUCCAGCACAGCUGUGGGACUCGGAGUGGGAGGCCCUGGAGCCCACAGGUGCUGCAGGGAGCUGGUCCCAGAGGAGGCGGAGGGGGAGCCCCGGCACACCUGCAGGAAGAGCCGCCCACCGCCUCCCUGCAGAACCCGGCUCUGGGCGGGGCUGCUCUCGGCCGACCCGCGGAUAUGCAGUCACAGUCGCCCUGCAGAGCUGCUCCUGGGGCCGGGGAACCCUGUGCCGGCGUCCGUCCUUUCUCUGGGAGGAGGGGGAGCAAGGCUGAGUCAAGAGGAGGUGCUAGAGGGGCCCCAUCUCCACCCCGGGCGCCACCGACUGCCCCCUCCUCUCCCUCGGACACCGUGCCGCCGCUGAGACACACAGACUCGCUGCAACCUCUCCCUCACACCCGACACCCGUCCUGCAGGACAGGCGCCAGGACUCUGCCUGAGGGCCUGGACGCAGCACGAGGGAAGGGCUGCACCACGUGCCCCUCCUGUGGAGGGCCAGCCGGCGGCAGCAGUGGAGGAGGCCGGGGGCUGAGCAGGGUGCCAGGAACCCGGCCCCCUGGCGGAUCAGGAUCAGGAUCAGACGCGUCUCAGAAACCAGCCGCCCCCAGCCCCCAGUCCCCUUCAGUAGCCAGAAGGGCGCGGCUGGGGGGUCUUCCGAGCGCCUUCUCAGAUAUGGGGGCUGAAGGAUGCUGCCCCCCACCACCACGGGCCAGCCUCCCCUGGAAAAGGGGGCCCCACCCCAGCUCGCCCCGCCGUGAGGGGUGGGGUGGGAGCCCCCGGCACUGGGAGACCCAGGUGGCGCUCUGGCCGCUGUGUGCCUGUCUCCCCACGUGGGCCGUGGGGCGAACUCCCAGAGCUACCUCUCGGCGAGCAGCGCGGCCACCGUGACUGGGGGCAGAGGGCCCUCCCCGGCCGCCCCCGCUGCCCUCUGUCUGGCCCAGGCGUUCUCUCCCCAGGCCGGGGCCAUCCUGUCAGAGCCACCUCUGCCUUGUCCAACCCCUGCAGCGGGGCCAGCCACACCUCAUCACCCAGCCCAGCGGGCCAGUGGGGGACCAGGGCCCUGAGAAGAUGGGCUUCCUGGAGAAAGGCAGUGGCGGUUGCUGGACAGUCGUCUGAGGCAGGAGCGGGAGGACCACAGUCUGAAGCCCUCAGGACGCCGCCUGGCCACCCGCUGAGGGGACAUGGGGCACCCACUCCCGGACCUUGGCCCAGGGGCAGACGGACGCCACAAGCUGGGUUCUGGAUUCGGUGCAUCACCUGACCCCUGCCACCCUGCCGGCUACAGCCCGAGCCCAGCGGUCUAGGCUCCCCCUCCACCCUGCGUCGCCCUCCUGGGUCUGCAGUGCCACCGGACACAUGUAAAUAUGUACAUCCCCGUCCCAUCCCGUCCCCCCAACCGUAAAGCCAUCAUCUGGCGGAAGGAGGCCGCGGAACCAGGCGUCUCAUAUGCACCUUUAAUAAACAGCUGUUGAGUUGCGCUCCA